GUUUUGUAUAUCCCACAACCAGCAUCACCCAUCAACUCCAUCGACCAGCUCCAUCAUCUUUCAACCCAUUUUGUUACCCUCCCCCUGCCCCUCUUACGAACCCCAAUCCCUGCCCCUGCCCCACCCCAACCCAACCCAACCCUAAACCACCCAAAAUGCCCUUCAUCCCCGCCAUCGUCGCCGGCGUCGCCACCGUCGCGGGCGCCGCUGCUCGCAUCGCGCCCACCGUCAUCCGGGCCGUCGGCGCCGCCGGCCGCGUGGGCGGCAAGGUGGCCGACAUCGCCAACCAGGCCCAGAACCAGCGCAGGGGCGAGGGCGGCGGCAGCGUCGGCGACUCGAUGCACCUGACGCACGACGACAUCGUCGGCACGGCCGGCGUGCCCGCCCUCGAGGCCCGCCUCGAGGACUCGGAUAGGCGCGAGCAGCGCCGCAACCUCGUCGGCCUGUGCGGCGUGCCGCAGUACAACUUUGACAUGUGCAAGGACCAGCUCGCAAAGGGCAAGCAGGUCAUGAGCUCCAUCCCGAGCAAGGGUGUGGCCAAGUUCGUCAACAUCCCCCCGGCCUGCAUGAACCUCGCCGUCGUGCUCAGCGGCUCCUGCACGGGUGAGGGCACCAGCCCGGUGCCGUGUGGGUCAGACUGCAUGCAGUACACGGGGCUCAACGACCAGCAGAUGAUGUUCCUCUCCAAGGCCCUCCAAGGCUGAUUGGUUUUCUCUCCCUUUACGACAUGGAGCUCGGCAAGUCCUUUUUCCGCAUCGUCUCUCCUUUUCCUUUUGAUACCCAAUACCUAUUAGGACUCACCUUCACAGCAUCUAGAACAGUGGUCUCGAGACUUUGUUACGCAUCCAGCAAACCGGAAAAAAGGCGUUAGGUGGCAUGGGCGGGUUUUUAUUCUCUGAUUUUUUCUUAGCGCGGCGUUUGGCAAAUCGGUACCUUUACUCUGCCUUUGUUUUAGUCAGGCGUUUGGCGAUAGUUCUUCUCUUCCAUCCAUCCCUCACUUUUGGCUUCGGCGUUAGGAUCAUGGUUCUUUAUUCUUGCUUCAUACACCCUUUCAGAAAGACACUGCAAAUUACACGUGUGUUGAAGCACUGGUACCAACUCCACAUUUGAAACAUUCGAGCCCCGAAUUCCAUAGCAUUUGCGUGUGGGGUCUUGGCUAUAUUCCC